AUGGCACAUAUCAACCAGUCCCGCGUAACAUCCUUCCGUCAGUCCCGCGACGACCUAGUAACCCUCCUGCAACAACAAGCAACCUUCCUCCGCCAUGACAUCGACUGCCGCAACUACGUAAUCCCCUGUCUCCGUCUCCAGCUCGUCCAGCAGCUAGAUAUAGUAGCAGACCAUUCGAAGAAGAUGGCCCUCCACAGCCGUCACAAUCCCUACGUCCUCCUCCACCCAGCCGGGUUCUACGAGACGACGGUACCUAUGCACUGCGCUGCAUUGAAGGGGCAGUGCGCGUAUCUUGCAGAUAGACUCCGCGAUAACCCUUGCACGGAUGUGCCCGGUGCUGUGGCGAGAGUGAUUGAUCAGAUUGUGGCUAACUUGCCAUUUUAG